UUAUACCAUAUAUGGAAGAGCAACACCCUCUAGGCGAGCUCUGAUUGGUCGGCGUGCGUUCUCUCCAAUGUUUGUAAAUUGUAGUCUGGAGACGCCGCUGCGUGGAUCUCAGCGCGCAAAUGUAUUUUCUAAUGUUGAUAAACUUUGCUAGUUUGGGUUUCAUUUAAAAAGUACUGGUCCAGAGAAGCAGCGGGAUUGAAGAUAUAAAGACAUACAGGAACAGAAGCAGGUAGAGAGAGUCUAUGAUGGUCCUGAGCCAGAUGGAUGCCGGGAAAGCUUUGACAGCGGCUGCAGCCAAAGGGAGCACGAGCGAGGUCCAGAGGAUCCUGGAGGAGUGCAGAGUGCACCCGGACACCCUCAAUGAGUUUGGCAGGACUGCACUGCAGGUGAUGAUGAUGGGAAACUCUAAGAUCGCCAGUUUGCUAUUGGAAAAAGGAGCAGACCCCAACGUCCAGGACAAACAUGGGAUAGCACCUGUCCACGACGCGGCCCGAACUGGAUUCCCGGACACUCUGCAGGUUCUGGUGGAGUACGGUGCUUCGGUAAACCUCCCGGACCAGAGCGGCGCCCUGCCUAUCCACAUUGCCAUCCGGGAAGGCCACCGGGAUGUUGUGGAGUUCUUGGCACCGCGGUCUGACCUGAAGCACGCCAACAUCAGCGGUCAGACAGCGAUAGACGUGGCCCGGGCCUCAUGUGUGCCUGAUAUGAUGGACUUGCUUUUCGCUCACAUUCAUAGUUAGUCAAAAGUCUUGGGGCCUUCUGGGUAACCCUAAUCUAACUUGUUUUUUGCUUCAAACCUGGUGACUUGAAUUCAUUGCUGUGUAAAGGAUUAUUUUUUUUGUUAAUAGUGGCUCAGCAUUAAUAUGUGACACAGGACAUAUUGUCCUGGCAGCUUAUUUUCAGUGGAUGGGUGGCUAUAUACAGUAGACACCUCUUUUGCACAGUGCAAUUUAGGCACCUUAUAUAUCCGUUUUUUCCCUUUUUAAUUGGGAGUGCACAUUUGUAGAUAGUUUCCCCAGUGUUUUGUAAUUAUUGCAUUAUUUCCAUUGUGAAACAGUUGAAUCCUUAUAUGUGUUUUUAAACACUUUUACAAAACUUGACGUGGUGCACCCUGAUUGCUUUUCAUAGUUUUGUCUCUCUUAAUUAGAUGUACUUAGACUUUGAAUUUAUUCUUAUUUAUUGUUGGAAUAGGACUGAAUAUUCCUGUGACUUUGUAUAU